AUGGGUUGCAAGUUAACGUUCGUUGACGACGUGCUGAAUCGAUCGUUCUACAAGCUUGGGCUCAUCGUGGGGAAGCAGCCAGGUUACUUCAUCAUCAUUCCGGUUUUGCUCACCCUGCUGAUGGUCACAGGAUAUCAACGCGUGCACUAUGAAAUGGACCCUGAAUAUCUCUUCUCGCCGGUCAGCGGACAAGGGAAAUUAGAGAGGCGGAUAGUUGAGGAAUACUUUAAAGUUAACUAUUCCAGUCGGUUUAACGUCGGGAGGAUCACACGGCCUGGUAGAUUCGGCCGCGUUAUUAUUGUAGCUAAAGACAAUGACAGAAACAUGCUUCGAACAGAGGUGUGGAAGGAGCUGCGAGAGUUGGACGACCUGGUGCAGAACAUCACGGUGACCAUGUCGACGGGGGAAACAUUUACGUACAGAGAUGAAUGCGCGCGUUGGGAGGGCCAGUGCUUCGUCAACGACAUCCUCAACUUGGAUAAGAUUAUAGGCGAGGUAGAAGCCGGAGAACUGAACUUAACGUUUCCGAUCAUGUUUAACCCGGUGACGUGGGAGGCUCACGCUUUUCCUGUUUUCUUCGGUGGGUCGAAGGUUGUGGACGAUACUAUAGUGUCUGUUCCCGCCGUGCAGCUCGUGUGGUUCGUGAGGACUGACACUAAACUGCAGGAACAACGAGGUGCGGCUUGGGAAGAUGCGUUUUUAGAUGCCGUUGGGGUGGCAGAAGACACUGGACGAUUUAAGCACAUCUCCGUUGCGAGAUUCGCAUCACGAACACUCGACCACGAACUCGAAAAGAACACCCGAACCGUCAUACCGUUCUUUAGCUCUACAUUUAUCUUAAUGGGAAUUUUCUCUUUCGUAACUUGCAUGAUGGGUGACUGGGUGCGCUCUAAGCCGUGGCUGGGUCUGCUGGGAAACAUUUCGGCCGUGAUGGCAACAGCUGCCGCUUUCGGUUGUGCUAUUUAUUUGGGCAUUUCAUUCAUCGGCAUUAAUUUGGCUGCACCCUUUCUAAUGAUUGGCAUCGGCAUUGACGACACUUUCGUAAUGCUGGCUGCAUGGCGACGCACCUCCUCCCAGCUGUCCGUGCCGGAACGUAUGGCAAUCAUGUUGUCGGAAGCCGCCGUGUCCAUAACCAUCACUUCUGUCACGGAUAUGUUGUCAUUCUUCAUUGGUGUAUUUUCCCCGUUCCCAUCUGUUCAGAUCUUCUGCAUGUAUUCAGGUCUGGCAGUAUGUUUCACGUUUGUAUGGCACUUGACGUUCUUUGCCGGCUGCGUCGCAGUGUCUGGAUAUAGAGAGAAGCAGAACAGACACACAAUCACGUGGCUCAAGGUUCUACCUGAAUCCAGAGCUCGAAAAGAAGAAAGAUCUUGGUUAUAUAGAAUUUUCUGCAGCGGCGGAGUUGACUCGGCAGAUCCAAGCAAUUCCAUCGACAACAAAGAGCACUGCAUCAUGUUGUUCUUCAAAACGACUAUGGCAGAUAUACUGAAUAAUAAUUAUAUGAAAGCUGUGGUUAUUAUCGUGUUUCUCGCGUAUUUGGCUGGGGCAGGAUAUGGAGUAACUAACCUUAAAGAGGGCCUAGAGAGAAGAAAGUUAUCUAAGAACGAUUCAUAUUCAGUGGAAUUUUUCGACCGAGAGGACCUUUAUUAUCGAGAAUUUCCUUACAGAAUACAGGUUAUAAUAAGUGGUAAAUACAAUUACUCCGAUCCUAUGGUCCAAAAAGAGGUUGACAUUCUAACGAAGAGUUUAGAAAACACCUCCUACAUAUCCAACUCACUGUAUACCGAGUCUUGGUUGAGGACUUUUGUGGAAUAUGUGGAGAGCAAUAACGACUACUUAAACAUUUCCAUUGAUACGGAGCAAGAUUUCAUAAAGAACCUGAAAGAGCUCUGGCUUUUCCCCGCAAAUCCGUUUUCGUUGGACGUUAAAUUUGACGAAACGGGAGAAACGAUUAUCGCAUCAAGAUUUUUGAUCCAAGCUUUAAACAUCAGUGGGACUAAUCACGAAAAGGAAAUGGUGAAAGCCCUGAGAGAAGUUGUUGCACAAUCUUCAUUAAAUGUCUCAGUAUUUCAUCCAUACUUUGUAUUCUUUGACCAGUUCGAGCUAGUUCGCCCAACGUCCAUACAGAAUCUCUGCUACGGAGCUCUAAUGAUGAUGAUAACGUCUUUUAUUUUUAUUCCAAACAUUUUAUGUUCUUUGUGGGUAGCGUUCAGUAUAAUAUCCAUAGAAGUCGGAGUCGUAGGGUACAUGGCAUUGUGGGAUAUAAACCUCGACUCUAUAUCGAUGAUUAACCUUAUAAUGUGUAUAGGAUUUUCAGUUGAUUUUACUGCACAUAUUUGUUACGCGUACAUGUCAUCCAAAGCGAAAUAUCCGAAUGAACGCGUCAGCGAAUGUUUAUACUCUCUAGGGUUGCCAAUCGUUCAAGGUUCCUUCAGUACUAUUUUAGGAGUCGUCGCCUUACUAUUAGCGGACAGUUAUAUUUUCUCGGUAUUCUUCAAAAUGGUAUUUAUGGUGAUAUUUUUCGGGGCUAUGCACGGAUUAUUCCUCUUGCCGGUGCUUUUGUCUCUCUUUGGACCGGGUUCGUGUACGCGCCAGCACGACGACAUUAGACUCGCAAAGAUUGAGAAAUGCUAUCCCAAUCCGUAUUGUUUACCGCAUCCUCAAUUGACACUCGACGAUCAAAUCUAUAGUGGAAAGAACGGGAGCCCUCACGGAAUCUAUAAGAUUUAUAGCGAAGACAAAGAUCUAGGAAUAGGAACAUCCGGGGAGGACACCAGCGAAAGCAGUUCCAAUCAAUCGCAACGUCGACAAGCAAUAAACGAAGACGGUAAAAGAAAGUACGAGAGCGGCUGGGCGAGGUUUAAUUACGGCCAAAGCGGCAGCGAGUUUCGGCCUUCGGGAGAAUUAGACAUCUACGGUCAGGACGGCGAGAGAACUUGGCAAAAGCAACGAUAUGAAGCGAAUCGCCGAGCGUUCGAAAAUUACAGGCGAACACCGGGAUUCAGUGAUGACGAAGCGGUAAUGUCGCGAAAGUCGAGCGACACGACUCCGCGGAGAGAGAACAAGUACAGAGUUACGCGGACCCAUUCGCACCAUAACCUACACAGGCCCCGAGCUCCGAGGCGCUCAAACUCACACCAAAAUCUAGAAAACCAUAACUAUAUAGCUGAGUUGCGUUUUCCUUGA